AAGGCAAUCUGAUUAUUCCCUUCUCUCUCGUUACACAAACUCAGACCCUCACUCUUUCUUUCCCCUCUGCGACCGGUUAGGGUUUGGGAUCCCUCUUUCUCUCCAAGAUUUAUUCGAAGCGAUUGUGCUCCGGCGAUUAUGGCGGCGACAAUGGUGAGCUCGGCCGGUGGGCUACUGGCGAUGCUGAACGAGACGCACCCCUCGCUCAAGCUACACGCGCUCUCCAACCUCAACAAUCUGGUCGACAACUUUUGGCCCGAGAUCUCAACCAGUGUUCCCGUCAUAGAAAGUUUAUAUGAAGAUGAAGAGUUUGAUCAACAUCAGAGACAACUUGCUGCAUUGCUUGUGUCAAAGGUAUUUUAUUAUUUGAGUGAGCUUAACGAUGCACUAUCGUAUGCACUUGGAGCCGGUUCUUUAUUUGAUGUGUCAGAAGAUUCUGAUUACGUUCAUACUCUUCUUGCUAAAGCUAUAGAUGAGUAUGCCAGUCUUAAGAGCAAGGCAGCAGAAUCAAAUGAUGAAGCAGGAAAGGUGGACCCUAGGUUGGAGGCAAUUGUGGAGAGAAUGCUGGAUAAGUGUAUUGCUGAUGGAAAAUACGCACAAGCUAUGGGUAUUGCAAUUGAAUGCCGAAGAUUGGAUAAACUUGAGGAAGCAAUCACAAAGAGUGACAAUGUUCAAGGGACUUUAUCUUAUUGCAUUAAUGUCUCUCAUUCCUUUGUUAAUCUUAGAGAAUAUCGGCGUGAGGUACUUCGUCUCCUUGUUCAAGUGUAUCAGAAGCUGCCUUCCCCUGAUAAUUUAAGUAUAUGCCAAUGUCUCAUGUUCUUGGACGAGCCUGAAGCCGUUGCCAAUAUAUUGGAAAAGCUUCUCCGCUCUGAAAAUAAGGAUGAAGCUCUUUUGGCAUUUCAAAUAGCCUUUGAUCUCAUAGAAAAUGAGCACCAAGCCUUUCUCUUAAAGGUGAGAGAUCGCCUUUCAGCUCCAAAGACUCAACCUUCAGCACAAGUGCAAUCCGUUGAACCGGAUUCUGCUCAAAAUGAAAAUUCUACGGCUCCAGAGGAUGUUCAAAUGACAGACGGGAGUUCUGCUUCUGAUGUGAAUGUGCAUGAAGCUGAUCCGAAUGAAGUAAUAUAUGCUGAGAGGUUGACCAAAAUCAAGGGAAUUUUGUCAGGAGAGACGUCAAUACAGUUGACUCUACAAUUCUUGUACAGUCAUAAUAAAUCGGAUCUUCUUAUCCUUAAGACAAUAAAGCAGUCUGUUGAGAUGAGAAAUAGUGUGUGUCAUAGUGCAACGAUUUAUGCUAAUGCAAUUAUGCAUGCGGGAACAACCGUGGAUACAUUCCUCAGGGAGAAUCUAGACUGGUUGAGCAGAGCCACGAAUUGGGCCAAGUUUAGUGCAACUGCAGGUCUUGGUGUUAUUCACAGGGGCCAUUUACAACAGGGGAGGUCACUGAUGGCACCUUACUUACCUCAGGGUGGGGCUGGUGGUGGUGGCAGUCCAUACUCAGAAGGUGGAGCUCUCUAUGCUCUGGGUCUUAUUCAUGCCAACCAUGGCGAGGGCAUCAAACAAUUCCUUCGCGAUAGCCUGCGUAGCACUAAUGUGGAGGUUAUCCAACAUGGUGCGUGCUUAGGUCUGGGUUUGGCAGCUCUAGGAACUGCUGAUGAGGAGAUUUAUGAUGACAUUAAAAACGUCCUCUACACUGACAGUGCUGUUGCUGGUGAAGCUGCUGGCAUCAGUAUGGGUUUGCUCAUGGUUGGAACUGCGAGUGAGAAGGCAAGUGAGAUGCUUGCUUAUGCACACGAGACACAACAUGAGAAGAUCAUAAGGGGGUUGGCUUUGGGAAUAGCCCUUACAGUGUAUGGAAGAGAAGAAGAAGCGGACACACUUAUUGAGCAGAUGACUCGUGAUCAGGAUCCUAUACUUCGUUAUGGUGGUAUGUAUGCAUUGGCGCUGGCCUACAGCGGAACGGCAAACAACAAAGCCAUUCGACAGCUGCUCCACUUUGCUGUAUCAGAUGUGAGUGAUGAUGUUAGGAGGACUGCUGUUCUAGCACUUGGGUUUGUUCUCUACUCUGAGCCAGAGCAGACUCCUCGAAUUGUCUCCCUGCUGUCCGAGUCUUAUAACCCUCAUGUACGAUAUGGUGCGGCUCUUGCAGUGGGCAUUUCCUGUGCUGGUACCGGCCUGAGUGAGGCCAUAUCUUUGUUGGAACCUUUGACAUCAGAUGUUGUCGAUUUUGUUCGUCAAGGCGCCCUCAUUGCAAUGGCUAUGGUUAUGGUCCAGAUUAGUGAAGCAAGUGAUUCUCGUGUUGGAACAUUCAGGCGACAAUUGGAGAAAAUAAUUCUUGAUAAGCAUGAAGAUACCAUGAGCAAGAUGGGUGCAAUCUUAGCCUCUGGAAUUCUUGAUGCUGGUGGAAGGAAUGUGACCAUUAGAUUGCUUUCUAAGACAAAACAUGAUAAAAUCACUGCAGUAGUUGGUUUGGCAGUUUUCAGCCAGUUUUGGUAUUGGUAUCCCCUUAUUUACUUCAUAAGCUUAGCUUUUUCGCCCACGGCAUUCAUUGGACUGAAUUAUGACUUGAAAGUUCCGAGGUUUGAGUUUGUAUCACAUGCAAAACCAUCACUUUUUGAAUAUCCUAAGCCAACUACUGUGCCAACCACAGCCUCGACUGUAAAACUUCCAACUGCGGUUCUAUCAACCUCAGCAAAGGCCAAAGCCAGGGCUAAGAAAGAAGCCGAUCAGAAAGCUAAUGCUGAAAAGGUAGCUGGGGCAGAGUCUUCAUCUGUUGCUCCAAAUGGUGGGAAGGGAAAAUCAUCUAGUGAGAAGGAUAAGGACUCUAUGCAGGUUGACACCCCACCGGAGAAGAAAUCAGAGCCUGAGCCUUCCUUUGAAAUUCUGGUCAACCCUGCCAGGGUGGUUCCUGCUCAGGAGAAAUUUAUGAAGUUUCUGGAAGAAAGCAGAUACGUGCCAGUGAAGUUGGCACCAUCUGGUUUUGUUCUUCUAAGAGACUUAAAACCUACUGAGCCGGAGGUACUCUCCCUCACUGACACACCAGCAACCGCAGCAUCACCCGCGGGUGGAGCACCAACAGGACAGCCGGGUUCUGCAUCAGCCAUGGCAGUUGACGAGGAACCUCAGCCUCCUCAGCCUUUUGAAUACACAUCAUGAUCAUUCCGGUUUUGAUUAUUUCUUCUCUGGUGUACUAUUAAACAAGAAAUAGAAGCUUUUCAGUUUGCCUUUUUUUUUUUUUUUUUUGGGUAAUUAGCAUGUUUUAUAUUUACAAUUUAAACCAAUCUGUAUGAUUUAGCGUUUACUAUGUGCUGCGUGUUGAGCAUUUUGAAUGAAGAUUCAAGAACUUUCUCUCUUA